AUGAGCCCUAAGUCCCACUCCGGAGGCUGCAAGAUGAUGGGGGGCUCCUAUGCAUUGGACUUGGGGGUCCUCCUUGGGGCAGCAGUGCUGGCGGUGCUGGUCUCCUCCCCAGAGGUGCUGGGUGUGGAGGAGCCUCCAGCAGUGCUGGUGGUGCUGGUCUCCUCCCCGAAGGUGCUGGGCAUGGAGGAGCCUCCAGUCCAGCCCAAGGUGAAGAUCACACCCACAGAGGAUGACUCCUCAUCGCACAACACUUUGCUGAUUUGCACCAUGGCCGGCUUUUUCCCUCCAAAGAUCGAGAUCAAGUGGUUCAGGAACGGGAAGGAGGAGACCAGAGUGUGGACCACAGACGUCACCCGGAAUGGGGACUGGACCUUCCAGAUCCAGGUGAUGCUGGAGGCGCAGCCAGAACGCGGAGACAUCUAUGCCUGUCAGGUGGACCACACCAGCUUUGAGGGCCCCAUCACCAUGCAGUGGGACCCACAGUCGGACUCCGCCAAGAGCAAGAUGUGGACGGGGAUUGUGGGGAUGGUGCUGGGGCUGGUCUUUGUGGCAACCGGACUCACCCUCUACCUGAAGAAGAAGAAAGGUGAUGAGGGAGGACGGAAGUGGGAGAGCUUUAUUUUGUACACAACAGUUGUCCCUUGA